UCUAGCCUAAACUUUCAGUGACUCUGAUGUUGAUGUUUUCUAACCUCUACGUUAGUAUUGUUUUCAAGCUCCCUAAAUAUAGAAAAUGUAUUCUUGAAUUGAUUUAUGACACAACAUUUUAAAGAAAUAUUUUCAUUAAAAUAUAUAAAUAAAAUGUUCAACGUUUCGCGGUAUCUUCAGUAAAGAAUCAUGUCGCUUUUCAAGUAAAGGUUGUAAGUAAUAAAAACAAAUACUUCCUAUUGAAACAACGUGGGGAUGACGAUGAUAUUUCUAAAUAUCGUACGUAACGCUGUUCAACCGACUCGACACGCAAGAGCAUUGAACGCGGUUGAUUCGUGCGUGACACGAACGUAUGCAAGGUGGGUCAGUCGGAAACCGAUUGCAAUUGUUAACGAAGAUGAGUUGUUCGAUUGCGAAGAUACUACUCGACCGCCAGUUCGUCGAGAGAGAAGAACUUCCGCGAGGAAAUCGAAGAAGAAAAAACCUCAAGAAGGGAAAACCGAAGAAACCGAGAACGCCAGGAAAAAGAAUUUGUUUAUGAAACUUAAAGAAAAUGAUAAAAUUGUAUCAUCCUUGAUGACUAAUUUAAAGUCGCGAAAGAGGAGAGAAAAGAACGACGAGAUUAUCCUGGAAGGGCAAAGACUGAUCAAAGAUGCUUUAAAAUCUGGCGCAAUACCAAAUGCCAUGAUCUUCAAUGAUUUAUCUGAUCUAGCUGCAUUAAAACUUCCAGAAGAAGUUAAAUUGUACAAAGUUCCUUAUAACACGAUACAGUUGUGGUCUACUUUAACCACUUCUCCUGGUUUGUUAGGAAUUUUCAAAACUCCGGAUGUGCAAAAGAAUAAACCAAUUGAAAAUGCAUUGCCACUUACUGUUAUCUGUGAGAAUAUAAGGGAACCAGGGAAUUUAGGAUCUAUUAUGAGAUCUGUUGCAGCAGUAGGCUGUGAAAAAUUGAUUCUAAUGAAAGGAUGCGUAGAUUUAUGGGAUCCGAAAGUUCUCAGAAGUGCAGCUGGCACUCAUUUCCAACUGCCUAUUUAUGCGUUUCCAACGUGGGACGAGAUUCCAUCGCUAAUUAGCGAAGAGAGUCAUAUUUUCAUAGCGGAUAGCAAUUUUGGCGAUGAAUUUUUACCCAGGUAUUCACCUGAAAUACUCGAGUCGAGUUUACAAAUAUUUGACAUCGAUCCAGAAGAUUUGAAAACGAAAUUUACUCUGGACAGUAACCAAUCAGAGGAAACAAUACCAAGAAAUAAAUACCUGAUGAAACAGUUCAUGUUGAAACUACCUAUUAUUCCAUAUUACUCUAUAGAUUACACAAGAAGAGAAUCAGUAAUUAUCUUAAGCGGAGAAACUGAAGGUUUGAAUUUCAAUUCUUCUAAAUUCUUAAAAGAAAGAAAGAGUAUCCGUAUUAAUAUACCUCUAGCAAAAGGUGUGGAUAGUUUAAACGCAGGGGUAGCACUUGGUAUCGUUGCCUUUGAAAUUAAGAGACAAUUUUUGAAGAAGGGAAGUCUCCUUUGAUAGGAAUUUUCUUAACGAACGUCAAGUAUCUGUACAAAUAAAUCCUCGACUUUCGUUCUUGAAUAAA